AUGUUCAGCGUUGAAGAGUACCCCAAAGGGAGACUGGAUCUGAAAGAAAACUUCCAGACGGGAAAGGGGCUUUGCUCGUUUGUUGGAAUCUUCAAAUCGGUCUCAUUGCUCACUACAUUGGGAAUCAUGCUGCAUCACAUGGUCAUACAUCCGGCCCCUCUGUCGUUCUAUCCUGCUUACUUGACAUCGUGGGGGAUGUUCUUUUCGAUAUGCUACCUUUCGGGUUCCUUUCUACUGACCACCCGUCAUUCAUCUGCUGUGAUCACUCCUGACGCCAACAAUAGAUUGAUCAAGUUUACUUGGGUGCUCUUUUCCUUGUCUUCGGUAUGGGAAUGCGUCAUUGCUGUACUAUAUUGGUCCCUACGACCUGCCAAGAUGGGGCCUAUUUUAUUGGAGAACGUCACGACGCAUGGGGUCAUUGUGCCCAUCCUUUUGGUACAGGGAUUAUUAGUGGAUCACAUCCCUUCGCGGUUGAAGCAUUGCAGCGUUGCAGUUCUCUUUGGAAUCCUGUAUCUGUCAUGGCUGGCCAUCCAAAAUGUGGCCAUCCGAUACAAUCCUUUGGACAAUGGUGAUGACGACGCCAUUUACGAUGGUUUCCGAUGGAGAAACGAGCCGAUCCAGACUCUGAAAUAUUCUUUGAUUAUUGUGUUUGCGAUUGUCCCGGCCUUUGCGGUACUCAUCUGGGCGCUAUCCCUUAGGGGAAGAAGGUACUUGGACAAACCAGGAGAAGAGGAGGAGUCUUCCGUUGUUGAAGAAUUCGACGAGGAAAUCGAGGGAAGCAACUGGUGUGCGGUUGAUGACGACAUUGAUGAAGCCGACGAGUCUUAG